AUUUGUACACAAAUUUACAAAACUGGGCUUAAUAAGCACAGCCCAAAAUAUUCGUAACCCAAUCUCCAAAAUCCAACCCACCACUUCAUCUUAAAACACAACCUCUUUCCAUUUACCUUCUUCAUUCAAAAACCCUAAUAAAAUUGCUCAGCCGUUGAGUUUUCAGAUCGACAUUGUUAGGGUUUUGAAGCUUUCAUCGCCAUGACGUUCAAGAGGAGAAAUGGAGGUCGCAACAAACACGGCCGUGGUCAUGUCAAUUUCAUUCGUUGCUCCAAUUGCGGCAAAUGCUGCCCUAAGGACAAGGCAAUCAAGAGAUUCCUUGUGAGGAACAUUGUGGAGCAAGCUGCAGUUAGGGAUGUCCAGGAAGCUUGUGUUUAUGAUGGUUACACUCUUCCUAAGCUCUACACCAAGAUGCAAUACUGUGUCUCUUGUGCCAUUCACUCACAUGUUGUCAGAGUUCGAUCACGUGAGAAGAGAAGAGUCCGUGAGCCACCACAACGUUACAGACGCAAGGAGGAUGCACCUAAGACUGGUCAAGCACCACCUCGCCCUGGUGCACCACCUGCUAGAACUUGAGCAAUUUUUGUCUCCUGAGGUCUCUUGUGAACAGUUGAUUCUAGAAAUCAUGUUCUAAUGCUUUCAGCUGACAAUUUUGCAAUGAGUUCAGCAGUACGUUACUCCAAUUUGUUAGUUUUAAACUAGUUCCCGGUUUUGGGCAUUUUUGUACUUCUGAAAGACUAUUUUUCACUCAUAUUUUUGCUGGCUCUUUGGCCUAUUUGUUUAUCAUUCCGUAUUAGAAAAUUACAUCAAAUACAGAGGUCUGCCUAUUGGCGUAUUGCAGUGCAGUAGUCUUUUGAAAA